AUGGCCGGGAGAAACCACUCCAGAGUGACCGAGUUUGUCCUCUUGGGCUUCCCAGACAAGCAGGAGCUUCUCUUUGUGCUUUUUUCCCUCAUCUACCUCACCACACUGGUGGGGAACCUGGGGAUGAUCGUCCUCAUCAAGACCAACCCUCAGUUUCACGUGCCCAUGUACUUCUUCCUCAGCCACCUCUCCUUCCUGGACAUCUGCUGCUCCUCCUCCGUGGCGCCCACGCUCCUGCGGGGUCUCCUGGUGGAGAGAAACCUCAUUUCUUUCGACAGCUGCAUGGUGCAGUUCUUCUUCUACGCCCUGCUGGGCACCACGGAAGCCCUCCUGCUGGCUGUCAUGGCCUACGACCGCUACGUGGCCAUCCGAGCCCCCCUGCACUACCUGUUUGCCAUGUCCCGGGGGGUCUGCGUGCGGCUGGUGGCGGGUUCCUACGCGGCGGGGAGCCUCAACGCCGCCGUGCACACCACCUCCCUCCUCCUCCUCUCCUUCUGCGGCCCCAACCUGGUCGACCACUUCUCCUGUGAGAUCCCAGCCCUCCUGCUGCUCUCCUGCUCCGAUACCCGCUGUGUUACCACGAUGGCUGAAGGAAAUGACACCCCCAGGGCUGAGUUUGUUCUCUUGGGGUUCUCAGAGCAGGGGGAUGUCCAAGUUGUCCUCUUCGUGGUCUUCCUGGUGAUCUACGUGAUCACCCUGCUGGGGAACCUGGGGAUGCUGAUGUUAAUCAGGCUGGAUGCCCAGCUCCACACCCCCAUGUACUUCUUCCUCAGCAGCCUGUCCUUCUUAGACAUCUGCUACUCCUCCUCCAUCACCCCCAGGCUGCUCUGGGACCUCCUAGCAGAGAGGAAGGUCAUUUCAUACUCCUCGUGCUUCGCGCAGUUUUAUUUCUACGCGGUCUUUGCCACCACUGAGUGCUACCUCUUGGCCACCAUGGCCUAUGACCGCUGCGUGGCCAUCUGCAGACCCCUGCUCUAUGGCAUCUCCAUGUCCAGCAGGGUCUGCUCCCUGCUGGUGGCUGGCUCCUUCCUGGCUGGGCUCGGGAAUGCCACCAUCCACGUCAGGCUGGCGCUCCGCCUGUCCUUCUGUGGCCCCAGGACCGUCCCCCACUUCUACUGUGAUGGCCCCCCACUCUUCUCCAUCUCUUGCACCGACACCACCCUCAACGAGACCACCAUGUUCGUUGUGGUUGGCUUCAACCUCCUGGUCACCAGCCUGACCAUCCUCAUCUCCUACACCUGCAUCCUGGCCACCGUCCUGAGGAUGCGCUCGGCCGCGGGCAAAGCCUUCUCCACCUGCACGUCCCACCUGACUGCUGUCACCCUCCUCUAUGGGUCUUUCGUGUCCAUGUACUCACGGCCCAACUCCAGGCACUCCCAGGGCCUGGACAAAGUGGCCUCUGUGUUUUACACCGUGGUGAUCCCCAUGCUGAACCCCUUUGUCUACAGCCUGAGGAACCAGGAGGUGAAGGCGGCGGUGGGGAGGCUGAUGGGGAGGAGACGUUGA